AUGGAGUGUAAACUUUGCAACAAGAAACUUGAGUCAAUAAACCAUGUUUUGUUCGAGUGCAUACCAGCCCAAGAUAUCCUCCAAACAGUUAACUUCCCAUCAGCUACAUCGCCUGCUCGAAACCUUGGUGAGAAAAUGAAACUGGCGCUGAAGAUAAUGUCUGAUACAACAGUACCUGAGAACAUUCGGAGAGCUGUACCAAUGCCUGUUGUGGACGAUCUGGAAGAAUCAUUUACUUCACAAGCCAUAGGUGCAAUGUCUCCCGACGAAGAAGAACCCUUGGACCUGGGUAGUGACCCUAGCUACAGGGUUUUGGAUGAGAAUGAAACUAGUCUUAUGGGACGUUUGCUGAACCCAGAGUGUCAAUCUAUGGCGCGUAUGAUUGAUUAUAUGCCUACGGCAUGGAGAGUUACGGGUAGAGUUUGGGGCAUUGCGUUGUCUAGAGAUCGGUUCCAGUUUAUCUUUCAGAGGGAAGAGGAUUUGCAAACGGUGUUGAAGGACCGACCAUGGUCGUAUAACCAUUGGGCUAUGGUUCUUGAAAGAUGGACUGCCAACCCUCCCGAGGAUUUUCUCCAGUCAAUGAUGGUAUGGAUCCGCAUAAGGAACAUUCCAGCGAAUUUCUUCACAACUAAAACGAUGUAUAAGCUUGCGUCAGAAAUAGGAAUGGUGGAAGAGAUAGCAUAUGAUCCGAAAGUAUCCCAUACUAAGGACUACAUCAGGGCUCUGGUUUCCUUUAGAACAGAGAAUCCAUUGAAAGCUUCACGGAAUCUAACCAUUCCCGAUAAAGUAAUCACUAUCGAGUAUGAGUAUGAGAAAAUACAUAAGAGAUGCUUCCAUUGUCUUCGAAUGACCCAUGAGAAGAUCAGAUGUCCCUUGCUCAGGCGUGGGAAUAGCAGAGACAAUGCUAGAGGAUCAUCACAAUUGGGGGAAGCUCAUACAAAAGACCCAGCUCAAUUGAGUGAGACUUAUGUUAACCAUCAGGUUGCAGUCCAACCGAAUGUGAGAGAAGCCUUGUUGGACGGUCCUCCAGGCUUCCCAUUGAUGUUUCUGGAGCUCUCUAGGCAAGACCGUAAGAUGGCAAUGAUGUAUAUUUCACACUCUAACGAAACGAAGAGACUUCCGAUAAUUGAAAGAGUUAAGCAGGGUAUUGCUGAAACUCAAGAGGAAGCUGCUACUAGGCUCCCAAAGAUCACCAGAGAUUUGGAUAAAGGAAAAGGACAUGUCUUUGACUUCUUUGAACCAUCGGGCAAACGCCUCCAGAUAUCUAGUUGCGACCAUGUAAGCUCUGUGCAUAACAACGAUAGGCGGGACAGCGAUACAGAGUCUGCAUCUUCUUCACUUCCGGGACCUACAUUCUCUGCCCCGGCUCUGGUCUCAACGGGCUUUCGCCUUGGCCCUUCUUCGGAGGGGCGAGUCACCGGGAAUCAGAGCAUGGUAAAAUCACAGAGGAGACGCCCAAACUCGUGGAAGAGAAAGGCACUUACCAAACCAGGCAAUGUGAUGCCUUGGAGGAGGAGUUGGAGGACUGAUAGCGGGAGCAGCACUGCAGUAACAGUUGCGGCGGCUGCAAUGGGAGGUCACCACGUGGGGCAUCACGGUGGUAAGUACGAAAGAGAGGUUUUCGGUGGAGGAAAGUCAGAGCCGUGCCUCAAUGUUAGAUUUUGA